AUGAAUCCAAUGGGUAUGGGAAGCGUAGCUGAGGCACCGAGGCGCGCCCACCUUUACGUCGGCAAUCUAAGCCCUAGAGUCACAGAAUACAUGCUCACCGAAAUUUUUGCUGUCGCUGGUCCUGUUCAGCACGUCAAAAUUAUUCCCGACCGCAAUUACCAGCACGGAGGCCUCAACUACGGUUUCGUUGAAUACAUGGACAUGCGUGCCGCAGAGACUGCUCUCCAGACUCUUAAUGGCCGCAAAAUCUUCGACACAGAGAUUCGCGUCAAUUGGGCUUACCAAGGUCAACAAAACAAAGAAGAUACGACUGGGCAUUAUCAUGUCUUCGUCGGCGAUCUCAGCCCGGAGGUAAACGAUGAGGUACUUGCCAAGGCUUUCAGUGCUUUCGGGACUAUGUCGGAUGCGAGGGUCAUGUGGGAUAUGAACUCGGGCAAGUCUCGUGGCUACGGUUUCCUGGCGUUCCGCGACAAGACAGAUGCUGAGCAGGCCAUUGCCACAAUGAACGGGGAGUGGUUAGGUUCUCGCGCUAUUCGUGUAAACUGGGCAAAUCAAAAGACUCAGGGUAGUCCUGCCAUGACAUCCAGCCCUCAACAUCCUGGAGCAGGAAAUCUCGGCACUGCGCCUGCUCCAAUCAACUUCCAAGGCGGCCCCCUUUCCUAUGAAUCUGUCGUCCAGCAGACUCCUGCGUAUAAUACCACCGUCUACGUUGGAAAUUUGGUGCCUUACUGCACUCAGGCGGACCUUAUCCCGCUAUUCCAGUCUAUUGGUUAUCUUUCCGAAAUCCGCAUGCAAGCCGACCGAGGCUUUGCGUUCGUCAAGCUUGAUACGCACGAACACGCUGCAAUGGCCAUCGUUCAACUUCAAGGUCAGAUGGUGCAUGGACGAUCUAUCAAGUGCAGUUGGGGUAAGGAUAGAGCUGAUGGUGCUGCUCCUGCUCCUAUCAGUCCGACCGCUGGUGCCGCUGCUCCAUAUGGUAACAUGCCCAUGUACGGAAUGCCUCAGCCUAAUACGUUUGGUCAGUACGCAUAUGGUGGGUACGGCGGUUUCCCGAACCAGGCUGCGGGGACUCCUGGUGCUGGUGCUCCCGGCGCUGGUGGUAUGCCUCAACCUGCUGCUGGUGCCGCUGGUCUUGGUCUCGCUCCUGGUGGCCAGGCUCCUGGCGCUGAUGCUGCUGCGGCCGGACAAGCUGGGCAAGCCCAGUGGGCUGCUGACCCUUCGUCGUAUUAUUCGAAUUACUGGGGAGGUGUGUAA